AUGGGAAAGAGCCUAGCAGAAGCUUACGUGUCGAUGAGUGAGGAUGUUCCUCCUAUAGACUUGAGCUCUUUGCAAGAUGGAAAAGCUAAUGUGCCUUGGAUGAGUGACAGAAUAAUGUAUAACUUGACCAGCGUCGAGACAAGUGGACUCAUAUGGUGGUGGUUUCUUCUUUCUCUACAGGAUUUCAAAGAUCACUGUCCUAAUGAACAAUAUGUAAAGGAAACUCUUCGUCUUGACAUCUGCUCAUGGGAUCCAUCAUACUCCAAGACACAAGAAUAUCGCUCGAAGCGAUUUUGCUGCACAGAGUGUCGGUUUUCUUCAAAGCACUACUCAGGCUACAAGAAUCACUUCCGGAAUGUACACAGGCACAUGUUUGGCAGUGGCAUUCUGCUCAGCUGUCCAUAUUGCACAUUCACUGCAAACAAAAGAACUCUGGAGACUCAUGUUAAAAUAUUCCAUAUGCCCAGCACCAUGCGGCAAAGCUAUGGCACCUUUCCUGGAUGAAGUGGGAGGCAAGAACAAAAUGUUGCCUGCUCUGUUAAGAAAGCAGAUGCAGCGGCGAAAGCAAUGUACUUUUGCAAAAAAUGCACAUUCCGGGACACACUUUACAAUGUUGUAAGAAGGCACAUUUACAGGUCACAUUUUCAACAUAUAGUUGAACCAUAUUUUAGUCUGGCUUCUGAAUCAUCAGCUAAAAAUGGUGGCAAUUCUGUCAACGGCAACAACAUUCUCUGUAAAUGCUGCCAGUUCUCUACUCGUAACUAUGAGACACUAGUGCAGCAUGUUAUAGAGUACCAUGAACGUAUUGGGGCUCAAGUGACCACCAUGAUUGGCCAUGGUAAUGUUACUGUGUUUCAGACAAAAGCUUGCACAGGAAUGCCGCAGAAGCUCCUCUGA